AUGCGAUUCACAGCGUUGCUUCUGAGCGUCUUUGCCUGCCUUAUCUCCUCUGUGACCGCAACGGCCUUGACCUACCGACUUGAAGCCAACGAGAAGGCCUGCUUCUACAAGUUCGUCGAGGAGAGGAACACCAAAGUCGCAUUCUACUUCGCCGUCCAAUCCGGCGGUUCUUUCGAUGUCGACUACUCGGUCGUGGGGCCCGGCGAGAAGACAGUUCUAGACGGCACCAAAGAGCGCCAGGGCGACUUUGUGUUUACCGCUCAGAGCAUUGGAGAAUACCGCUUCUGCUUUAAUAACGAGAUGUCUACUUUUGCGGAGAAGAUGGUCGAUUUCGAGAUCGCGAUUGAGAACGAACAACGGACAGAACUCCCCUCCCGCCAGGGUGCUAGCCCCGAACAGGCGUCUGCUCUGGAAGAAUCCAUCUUCAAACUCUCCGCCCAGCUUUCUACUAUUUCCAGGAACCAGAAGUAUUUCCGGACUCGUGAGAACCGCAACUUCAGCACUGUACGGAGCACGGAACGUCGUAUCUUCAACUUUAGCGUGAUUGAGGGCUUGAUGAUGGUUUCCAUGGCUGGCCUCCAGGUCUUUAUUGUGCGGUUCUUCUUCCAGGGUGCCCGGAAAGGUUACGUGUGA